AUGUUUGCAGGAAACGUUCCGGCUCAGAAGUCGGAAUCCCACAUAAAGCUCCUCAAGAGAGAAAUAGAGAGAGAGUUUGCCGAGCAAUCCAGCACCUCUCUGCAAAUAUGGAAGAUGUUCAAUAACAAGAACACCCUUUUGCCAAACAACAAGCGCAUUCUCAACUUGUCCUGGAGACUCAACAGUAUCGAAAGUGUCAAGAGGCGCAGAAACAGUGACUCAUCCAAUAGGAUUACAAAGCCUACGAAAUAUUCGCACAAACAGUCCCUUUCGCAAUCGAGCAACAACCUUUCUUUAACAAAGCCUCAUCUUUCCGAAACCUCCUUCAGCGAGACGCCAGAGAACCCGGAAUUCGAUUACAUCGAGCACAUCAGACGGAUUUCGAAAGAGGAGUACGGCAUGAACCCAGAACCUCCUGUGCAUGCUGAGCCGUUCCGGUCGUCGAUCUCGUCGAUGGACCAUGACUCGAUCUUCGGCUUGACAAAUCCAAUCACCAUCGAUCCAAAAGAGCGCAUGGACUCGAGUGAUUACCUUUCUCCCGGCACCAGUCAUUCAUUGUCGUCAAACACAAACUCUGUUUUCUCCACCGUCAAUGGCCAGCCAUACAAUUUCCUACACAACCAGCCGCAACAGUACCAAUCGGCCUCGUAUUCGCAUCAGAGCCAUCUGCAGAAGCCGACGGAGGACUUCAACGUGGACAGUUUCCUCAAGUUUGACGACACCCUGCCAGACAUGAUGGAUAUCACCAAACAUGGCCACCAGGAGAAAGACAUGGCUAGUUCGAAACGUGAAGAGAAAAGAGCAUCCGAUUACAGUCUCACUAAUUAUAUCAAUACUUUGGAGGUGUCGCUGGACCGUCGCGACAGACCGGCCUACGACAAAACGUCACCAACCCUCACGACAGCAAGUUCCAAAACGACCCCAGUUUCUGCUCCGUCCACGGGCAAGUACUCGCAGCAGCCGAUUUGCGAGAACUGUUUCACGUCGACGACUCCGCUGUGGCGGAAGACGUCCGACAACCGGCUGCUGUGCAACGCGUGCGGGCUGUUCUUCAAGCUGCACGGAGUGAUCCGGCCGCUGAACAACACCGCCUCGAGCGCAAAGAUGAACGAGCAACAAAAACGCAAGCGGUCAAGCUUGGACCUGGGAGACCACAACGCAUCAGUGCAGGUGGCUCCGCAGCCGAUCCGGAUGGACAGUUACAAAGAGGACACCACGCAGAUGGGCGAGACGUUUGCUGGUGACUGGGACUGGCUGAAGUUCAAUGUCUAG